CUCUUCCUCUUCCUCUCUUCCGUAACUCUCUCUCCUCUCUCUCUCUCUCUAAAACCCUCUGCUGGGUUUGUCAGAGGUGCAGCACAGCUCGUCUCCCUUCCUCUUCCUAGGGAGCUGGCUUUUCUUGUUCUCGAAUCUCUGUGAAUCUUGGCGUUCGCCCUCGUAAUUCGAGUCACCGGCCCGCUAUGAUUGGGAUUGGCGGGUCGCUCGCUGGAGUUGCUCCGGUUCGUGAUUCUGCGAUGGGUCGCUCCUCCAAUUGAGCCUCUUGACGGUUCGGAGACCGAAUCUUGGUCGGUUUCGCCACGAGCGGGCGGGUUUCGUUUUUUUCUUCUGGUAGCUGGGUUCUUGUUUCGACACUCCGUCUCGGGUUCGGGAGCUACGAGCGGGUUCUUCUGUGAAUGAACGUCGUUCUUAGGGUUUUCGUCAGCUUCAGAUAAGUCGGAAUUCCGGUGCAGGGCGUGUUCAGUCCUGAUGAAUAGCGUAUUCAGCGAGCAGAUACUUGCGGACAAGCUCUCCAAGCUCAACAGCACACAGCAGUGUAUUGAGACUUUGUCACAUUGGUGUAUAUUUCAUCGAAGUAAGGCGGAGCUGGUUGUUGCAACAUGGGAUAAGCAAUUUCACAACUCUGAAAUGGUUCAGAAAGUUCCUCUAUUAUAUCUUGCAAAUGACAUACUGCAAAACAGCAAGCGCAAGGGAAAUGAAUUUGUGAAUGAAUUCUGGAAGGUUCUUCCAGCAGCACUCAAAGAUGUUGUUGAGAAAGGGGACGAUCAUGGGAAGAAUGUUGUUUCAAGAUUGGUUGGUAUCUGGGAAGAAAGAAGAGUAUUUGGAUCCCGUGCACAGAGUCUCAAAGAUUUAAUGCUUGGAGAAGACAUUCUUCCACCCUUGGAAUUAAACAGAAAGCGUUCACGUUCUGUCAAGAUUGUUAAAAGGGAUUCGCGCUCAAUUAGAACGAAAUUGUCGAUUGGAUCAACAGCUGAAAAAAUUGUUUCGGCAAUUCACCUGGUUCUCAGUGAGCAUCCUAAUGAGGAUGUGGAGAUGAGUAACUGUAAGUCUGCUGUCCAUCGUGUGAGGAAGAUGGAGAAGGAUGUUGAUCUAGCCUGUGUGACUGCUAAGGAUCCUAAGAGGAGAACAUUGGCUAAAGAGCUUGAGAAUGAAGAGAACACCUUAAAGCAGUGCGUUGAGAAACUCAAAUCAGUUGAAGCAAGUAGAGGACUACUUGUAUCUCAUUUAAAAGAAGCACUGCAUGAACAGGAAUCUGAGCUUGAGAAUGUUCUAACUCAAAUGCAGGUGGCACAAGCACAAGAAGAAGAAGCUGAAAGUAUGAGAAAACGGCUAAUGGACGAAGAUUUUACAUUCAAAUCGCCCACCUCUGCUACUCAAGGCCUUGAUAUAAAUGCAAAAGGGGGACAAAUGCCCAAGAGGACAGCAGCAGCCAUUGCUGCUGAGGUUGCAGACAAACUCACAGCUUCUAGCUCCUCACAACAGAUUAUGAGUUCAGUUUUGUCAACCUUUGCCGCUGAAGAGGCAAAGAGUGCUGGGCAUACGAAGAGCUCUAAGAAAUCAGACAAAACAACAACUGUGUCAGAUGCUAAUGCUUUUAUGCCAUCUCAGCCACAUAAUGCUACUUCGAACUUGUACCGUGCCGUCAUUGUUAACCAGCAAAACAUUCAGCAGAACCAAGGCUCGGUGUCUCAAAGUCCAUAUUUACUGCCGAACCAGCCUCCUCAGCAGUAUUUGCAGCAGCCCUCUGGAGCAAUGAUGCCCUCCUACGGUUAUGUUAACUUCCCAACCAUGUCAGCCGGACCACCCCCGUCGCCACAUGUGUUGAGUGCGGUGGUACCUUUGAGUCAGCAGUCGUUACCCAUGGCACAGAAACAAUCGAUGGUUUUGUCUCAGCAGCAGGUUCCUUUAACUCCACAACAACCCAUGCCUUUGAGUCAACAACCACCCAUACCUCCUAGUUUUCGGCCACUUCAGCCACCAAGCAUGGUGUAUUAUAGUCAUCAGCACCAUUCCCAGUAAAAUGGCAAUAAUUUGGAUGCAUAUAUUCUGUGGCAGCUUUUCGGGACAAAUUUGAGUAAUUUUCUGGAGAGUUUGGUUUCCAGUGACCAGGUUCUGUUCAAUUUAACCGCCGAUCUGGCCUUCAGUACUACCAGUAAAGCAGGCAAAUUUAUUGAGUGCUCUGGACCUAAUACAUCUACUCUCACAUUGAGCCACUGGUCUGGACAUGGGGAGCAUGUCGAUUGUUGUGCGGAAGCAGACGCUAUGAGCCGGUUUUGUGUUGAUGGAUCCUUUAUGUUUCAGCAUUGAUAACUCAGCUAAUUGCUAGGUUGGUUUAUGACUAAACCAUAGGUUGUAAAAUUACUUUUAGAAUUGGGAGAGAGUUCUCUGGCCUCCCGUAACUUGUGUCUUAGACCAUAAUUUUAGUUCUCUUCCGGACUCAAGUCCCGGCGUAUUGUCAUUCGCUAUUGAGAAAUAAACAGAGGAGAGGAUCUGG